AUGGAACAUCCAAAUUUCGCUCUCUUUCUUUUGCUCAUGUUUGCUUCCACCAUGAACGCCCAUCUCUUCCCUCACGAGAUCUGUGCCACCGCCGGUAACUUCACAGCCAACGGCACUUACCAAACCACCCUCACAGCCCUUCUCUCCUCCAUUUCCACCACCAACUCCUUGUCCCUCACCUACGGCUUCUUCAAUGCCUCCGCUGCGGUCUCCGGCACCUCCCAAACCCUCUACGUUGUCGGCUCCUGCCGUGGUGACCUCACUGCCGAGAGCUGCCGCACCUGCCUCGAAGCGGCGACCUCCGAUAUCCGCCGCCUCUGCCCCCUCAGGAAGGCGGCGGUCCUCUACUGCGAGAACUGCACCGUCCGUUACUCUAGCACCUCAAUCUUCGGCACAGUCGCAACCGACCCCGACUACCAAGUGGUCAACGUGAACAACGUCACCAGUCCGGACACGUACAACUCAGCGCUGAAGACUCUACUGGACGAACUGCGGGGCGAGGCGGCGGGAGGCAGCUUCUUGAGGAAAUAUGCGACAGGGGACGCAUCGACGGGUUUCGACUCCAUCUACGCGAUGACACAGUGCACGCCGGACUUGACGAAGCAGGAAUGCAGCGACUGCCUGGUGACAGUCAUCGGGAGGCUCACAUGGUGCUGUGCCGGGAAGAUGGGAGUGCUAAUCGUGGCACCGAGUUGCCAGUUCCGGUACGAGACCAAUAAUCGGUUCUUCGGCCCGAUCAGCGAGCCACUUCUGCCGCUGCCCGCAUCGUCAUCUCCAAAGACAGAUGCGCUGCCUCCACCACGAGGCAAAAGCAAUAAAUCUACUGGGAUAAUCCUUGUUGUUGCCAUCGUCGUUGGCGAAGGCCUAGUGUUUCUCUUCUUUGCUUGUUGUUUUUGUCCAAAGAAAGCGACCAGGACGUACGCAGAUGUCCAAGGAGAUCGAAAUGGCAUAAAUGAAAUUACAAAGGAGGAUGUAGUUACAGAUGCCGAGUCCCCGCAGUAUGAUUUAGCCACCAUAAGAGCCGCCACAGCCAAUUUCUCUCAUCAAAACAAAUUGGGAGAGGGCGGAUUUGGCGAAGUUUUUAAGGGUAAGCUUCCAAAUGGACAACUGAUAGCUGUGAAGAGACUAUCUCAAAGCUCGAACAAGGGACCCGGUUACAUAUCACCUGAGUAUGCAAUGAAUGGUGACUUCUCUGAGAAGUCUGAUGUCUAUAGUGUUGGUGUACUAUUUCUUGAGCUUAUUAGCGGUGAGAAGAAUAUAUCCUUCUCGCAAGCAAAUGGGGGUGAAGGUCUUGCUAGCUAUGCGUGGAAAAAAUGGAAAGCCGGUAGGCCAUUGGAAGUAUUAGAUCCGGCGAUUGGGGAGACGUAUUCAGGAAAUGAAGUUGUUCGAUGUCUCAAAAUCGGUUUAGCAUGUGUACAGCAAGAUCCAAAUUAUAGACCCACAAUGGCGGUGGUAGUCAACGCGUUGGACAGCCACCUUUCUCCUCUAGAAUUGCCCCAACAACUGGCCUUCUUCCCCAGCACUAGCAGCACGGAAAGACCGAUGGAAGAGCUCGGAUCAGACCAAUCCACCUUUAGGUCUGCACAUUCGACUCUCAUCAAGUGA